UUAGACAGGCACAGUAGCACAGCUUCACAGAGUUAAACAAAUACAACAUAAACAAAAGUAACACACCUGAAAACACUCUGCUACAGUUUCUCCUUCUGCAUUGUCUUCUAAGCAGCCAGCCUGCCUCUCAUCCACCCUUGACCCUUCUGCUUUUUUCUCCUCCAAGUCCAUGUCUGUCCUCACUGUCUUUUUUUUUUUUCUCUCCACAACUAUAGGCAUUUUUGCUCUCUGGGGAGCUGGAACCUCAGCUCUGUCCCACAGAAAAUCUCAAUAAUUAUUUUUGGGGUUUUUCUAUUUUAAAAACACCAUCAAGAGCAGCCUGUGUGGACAAAAAGACAUUCUUGUUUCCUUGAUACUUGCACUGUGGGAAUAUAUAUAUAUAUAUAUAUAUAUAUAUAUAUAUAUAUAUAUAUAUAAACUGAGUCUUCUCAUUUCAGGAUGAGGCUGUGGGGAGAGAUACAGUGACUUCUCUGGCAGGUAGGGGACUGCUGGAGUUCUGUCAAUGAAGACUUCCUAAGUUAUAGUCUAGACCUGGCAUCCACACUGAGGUGCAGAUGUGUGCUUACCUCAGUGAUGCAGGAAUUAGCAAUAAGGUCAAGAUCUUUGUGGGCUGUGGGGUAGUAGUGGUGAUGGUUAUGCUAUGUAGAAAGGGCAAAAUGAACAUUUUAGGACUUCCUUCACAAGUGGCUGUGGACAUGUUUUGAAGGAGGAAAUGGUUUUGUGUGUUCAUGUGUACAUAAGUGCCAUGAAUGUACAAAUGUGUGCACAUGUGUGUAUGCAUAUGGAUGUCAGACAUUGUCUUUCCUAUUGUCAUGAUGAAACACUAUGACUAAGGAAGUUUAUAAAAGAAGGUAUUUAAUUGGGGGCCCACAGUUCCAGAGGGUUAGAGUCUAUGGCCAUCAUGUCAAGAAGCAUGGCGGCAGGCAGGCAGGCAAGGUGCUGGAGUCAUAGCUGAGAGCUUACAUUCUGAUCCACAAGCAGGAGGCAGAGACACAGAACUAAAGGGGGAUGGAAAAGACUUUGGAAACCUCAAAGCCUACCCGCAGCGACACACCUCCUCCAACAAGACUACACUGCCUAAUCCUUCCCAAACAGUUCCACCAACCGGGGACCAAAUAUUUAAAACCUACGAGCCUAUGGGGGUUAGUACCAGCCAAACUACCACAGACAUCAACCUUGGGUGUCGUACUCAGGGGCUGUUCACCUUGAUUUUUGAGGCAGCAUCUCUCAUUAGGACGUGGGGCUCACCAAUUCCAUGAGUCGUGUCAGCCAGUGAGUUUUUAAUCUUGUGCCUGCACACUUAGAUUAAAAGCAUGCACCACCAUGCUUGGCAUUUUAUGUGGGUGCUGGGGUUUGCGCUCAGGUCCUCAUGCUCAUGCAGGAAAUGUUUUACCAACUGAGCCAUCUUCCCAGCUCCCAUAUAGAAACAGUUCAUUGGCUAAUUAAUAGAAGUUUUCUUUCUCGGGUUAAAAGUAGCUGUUUCCAUUGCAUCCCAAAGUGCCUAGCUCUCCUGAUGGAGACAUGUAAGCACAGCCAGCAGCCUGGAAUGUCCUGGGAGGGUAAGAAUAGCCACACAGAGAGACGACUCCUGCUUCCGAGCCCCACAGUUGUCUGGGGUGGUGUCUCACUGGCAAGCAGCUUAGGACUGCCUCAGUGUGGAGACGGGAGACCUGACCUGCCAGGCCUGGGAGCACAUCUUUAUUUCCACAGCUUGGCACUCACCUUGAAGUCUGAUGUAGAAAAAAUGUAUUGAUUUUUUUUUUAAAACAUCCUUGGGGUACACAGACCUCUCAACCCUCCAGCAGCCCAGGCCUGUGGCUUUCUGCAAGCAUGGAGAACUUGGACUUGUUGGGGUUCCUCAUUAUCACCUUAAACUGCAACAUGACCAUUGUGGGCAUGCUCUGGCUGGUCGUGGCGGUCCUGCUGAGGAUGCUGGUAGUGGUCUUGGCAGGGUCCCCUAUCUACCAAGACGAACAGGAGAGGUUUGUUUGCAACACCCUGCAGCCAGGAUGUGCCAACGUCUGCUACGACCUCUUCUCUCCAGUGUCGCCGCUGCGGUUCUGGCUGGUGCAGAGCUUGGUGCUGCUCCUGCCUUCUGCAGUCUUUGGUGCCUACGCCCUGCACCGCGGCGCGAAGCUGGCUGCGGAGGGAGCCUGCAGGCCCCGGGUCCCAGACCUGUCUGCCGCCUACCUGGUGCACCUGCUGCUGCGCACGCUGCUCGAGGCUGGCCUGGCUUCCCUGCACUACUUGCUCUUCGGCUUCUUUGUGCCCAACCGAGUUUCUUGCUCGCGCGUGCCCUGCUCAGGGGCUGUGGACUGCUACGUGUCGCGGCCCACGGAGAAGUCCCUCCUGAUGCUGUUCGUGUGGGCCGUGAGCGCGCUGUCCUUCCUACUCAGUUUGGCCGACCUGCUUUGCAGCCUGAGGAGGACACGGAGGACCACACACGGGGUGAAGGGCGAGGCCAGACAGGUCUGCGAAGUCCCCACACUUCCCCCUGGUCUCUUACAGGACCCCCAGGGCUGUCAGAGCCAUGGUCAAGUGGACCGUGGGGGCGGGCAGGAGGAGCAGGGUGCGCCUGAGUUCCCCAGUGUGUGGACAGCAGGGCAGGGCGGCGACAUCCACGUUGGUCAGGCCAGUGUGUCAGGGCGGGCGGGGCAUUCAGACCAAGAUGAUAGUGAGGCCACUUCCUCAGCGGGCGACAGGUUAGCUGUGGCUCACACAGAGCAUGAGUUCAGAUCCCAGAGAGAGCCUUCUCUGGACCUAGGGGGCAAAAACACUCAGUCAGGUGAGCUCCCCUUGGUCACCCAGAGCCACCUGGCCAGACACUGUUUGGGCCAGCCUCUGGCUCCUGGUAGGCUGGCUACCUCCGGCAGCGCCCCUCACCUGAGAACCAAAAAGUCUGAGUGGGUGUGAAGACAGCCACGCGGAGCCCACUUACCCUUUCCUCAGUAGGGUACAGAGGUCCCUUCAUCUUGUGUUCUUGCUGAGACCAUUUUAGGUUUAACUAGAAAUGUGAUCUCCUUGAUGUAGAAUGUCAUGGAAAAUUACCCAACACUAUUCUAGGAACCUGAGGUCAAGAUGCUCCAGCAAACUUAACUUCUGUUAAACUGCCUGCGUGUGCAGACCUCCCCCCAUACCCACCCACUUAGCUUAGGUUUUAUUAAACUGCCUGUUUAAGCAAAACCUCCUCCUGCAAUUGCAGACCAAAAUACCAAGAUGUGAGUUUUGCCUUUAAAAACCCCUUACCCUAAAAACUCAGGGCUGCACUUGGGUCGCAAAUACCUGGGUAUAGUCUCAGCCAGCUGUAAUAAAGACUUUCAGUUGGCUAUAAAUUGUGUCUGAGUGGUCAUCUCUGGCGGGCUCCCCAGAACGGGAGCAGGCCGUGCCUAUGAAGCUAAAAUCCUACAGUGAGGGAUCAGAACCUGAGAUUUGCUCCACAAAGACAGCAUGCACUUCAGCCACUGGGUGGGUGCCACAGGAGGAGGCAAUAUUCUCAGCAAGGAAUCAAAGCUCCCUUCACUCAUCUGGACUUGAGUUUUCUCCUUUGAGUGAUGAGGGACCUAGACUAGGGUGUUCUUUGUUCUUCUUCCAAUUGAAGACUCUGCCAGAGUAUGCCCACUGGUUAUGCUAACAUUCUAAGGAUUGAAAGUAGUCUUUCCAGCUUGCUGAAUGCCCAGCAUAGCUUUUGAUAGGCUGAGCUUUAAUAGC